AUGUCGAAAUCCAAGGUCGCUCCGAUAGACACCAAAAGCAUUCCUCGACUCGAGUUAUGCGCUGCUCAACUUCUGUCCAAACUAUUGGUACAAGCCAAGGACAGUGUUGAUAUUUCCGCCACGAUCUACUUGUGGACUGAUUCGACCAUAGUGUUGAAUUGGCUCUCGGCAACACCGUCUACGUGGAAGACGUUUGUGGCCAAUCGUGUGGCUGAUAUUCAGGAGCUCACCACUCAUGCUGUCUGGAACCAUGUUCCGUCCAAAGAAAAUCCAGUGGACCUCAUAUCUCGGGGCAUGAACCUCAACGAACUUGAAGAAAACUCACUAUGGUGGCACGGACCGCACUGGCUUGGAACGCUAACUAUUCCAUGGCCUACUAAGUACGCCCCCACAACAUCAUUUCCGUUGGAGGAAUCUGAAACUCGCAAGAUCGUCGUUCUUCCAGCCGUCGAAGAUGAAACGCCCAACGAGUUAGUUUCCCGGUACUCCAGUCUUCGUCCGCUGCUUCGGAUUGGUUCGCUGGUACGACGGUUCGCCGAGAAUUGUCGUCGCCACAAGAAUCUCCAAGAUCCUCUUGUUGGUCCGCUCAACGUAGCUGAAAUCGAUCAAACGCUGCUAGCCUUAGUUCGCCUAGCUCAAGAGCAGCAUUUUGAGAAGGAAAUCCGUCAGCUUUCCACUAUUGGUCAAGUGGAUUGGAAAUCCAAGCUCUGCUAUCUUCAUCCACAGCUCGUGGACGGUAUAAUUCGUGUUGGCGGCCGGUUGCACAAUGCACGAAUACCGAUUGAGGAGAAGUACCCGAUCGUUCUCCCAGCCAAGCACCAACUGACCGCAAUGAUUGCAACGAAGAAACACCAGAAGACGCUCCACGCAGGACCGGGGCUACUGCUUUCGUCCCUUCGUCAACGAUUCUGGCCUCUUGGCGGCCGGAAUUUAGUUCGCCAGAACGUGCACCGAUGCGUGACUUGCGUGCGAGCGAAACCGAAAUCACUCGAGCAGUUGAUGGGACAACUUCCUCCUGUGUGGGUCAACCAGGCGUACCCAUUCCAGAAUGUCGGCAUAGACCUUGCCGGCCCGAUCUACGUGCGCACUUCGUUAAGAAACAAGCGCAGUCCGUUCUUCAAGGCGUACAUCGUGGUCUACAUAUGCCUCGUAACCAAAGCUGCUCAUCUCGAUCUUGUGUCCGACCUGACCAGCGUAGCAUUCAUUGCCAGCCUGCGGCGAUUCAGCGGUCGCAGAGGAAAGCCUGCACACGUCUACUGUGACAACGCGACAAACUUCGUUGGAGUAAAAAGGGAUCUGGAAGAGUUACGAAAAGUAUUCCUCUCACAGCAGCACAAGGAGUCAGUAGCACGAGAGUGUACAUAA